AUGGCCAGCCUGCAACAGCAGCACCGGAACUACACGGCUAACAGCGUCUAUGGUGGCAACCUCCGGCUGGUCGCUGCGGCCCUGCCCGGCAACGUCUCCUCAUCGACCACUCUCUUCGCCACCGCCACAACCGGGACGGCACCGAACACGGUGUACGCCCUCGGGCAAUGCGGCGGCGACCAGAGCGCCACCGCGUGCCGCGACUGCAUCGCGGCCUGCUUCCAGCAGGCGCAGAAGAUGUGCCCCGACAACAAGCGCGUGGCCAUCUUCUACGACACGUGCCUCCUCGGCUUCUCCGACCAGGACUUCCUCGCCUCCACGACCAACUCGGACGACCAGGAGGUGUCUCUCUACAACGGCCAGAAUGUCAGCUCCCACGUCGCCCAGUUCAACGCGACCGCCUACGAGCUUCUCAGCAGCAUGGCCGCCUACAUUGUUACCAUGGAUAACUCGUCCAACAAGUUCCUCACGGGAUCCAUUGCAGUCGACGCGCCCUACCCGUUUAUCUACGGCUUGACGUCCUGCAACCCCGACCUGACGCCCGGGCAGUGCCGCGGGUGCCUUGACACGGCGAUUGCUGAGAUGCCACAACAGUUCAUCCCCAAUACCAAGGGCGCCAGGAUUGCUGGGCUGCGGUGCAUCGUGCGGUAUGAGGUGUUCCGUUUCUUCAACGGUUCCACCAUGUUUCAGCUGCCACCACCAGGAGCAGCAGCCAUCCAGGAUGAUGGUAUCUGUUUCUUGACUUCUAUGCUUUUGGGCUGA